AUGCCCUCGUCCUCUACGUCGUCGGCAAGCACCGCCAGAUGCGCACCGCCACCAACGCUACAUCGCAAACCUGGCCACUACUGACAUUAUAUUCUUAGUAUGCUGUGUGCCCUUCACUGCCACACUUUACCCUCUGCCCAGCUGGGUGUUUGGGGACUUCAUGUGCAAAUUUGUCAACUAUUUGCAGCAGGUGACAGUACAGGCUACGUGUAUCACUCUAAUGGCUAUGAGUGUGGACCGCUGCUAUGCUACGCUAUACCCACUGCAAUCAUUGCGGUAUCGAACUCCGCAGGUUGCCAUGGCUGUCAGCAUUGCUAUUUGGAUUGGCUCCUUCAUUCUCUCAUUACCUAUGGCUGUGUACCAUCGCACUGAGGUUGGCUACUGGUAUGGCUUGCGCACCUACUGUAUUGAGGCCUUCAACAGUAAGAGCCAAGAGCGUUGUUUCAUUCUAUAUACUUUCCUAGCUGUCUAUCUGUUGCCCCUGCUCACAAUAUGCCUAUGCUACUCCAUCAUGCUCAAGCGCAUUGGUCGACCUGUGGUGGAACCCAUGGACCACGAUUACCAGCAGGUGCAACAUCUGUCUGAACGUUCAGCUGCCAUGAGAGCCAAGAUUUCCAAGAUGGUGGUAGUGAUUGUGCUGCUGUUCACCAUUUGCUGGGGUCCUAUCCAGUUCUACUUGCUCUUUCAGGGCUUCUAUCUGCAUUUCCAGGCCAACUAUGAGACCUAUAAGAUCAAGACAUGGGCCAAUUGCAUGUCAUAUGCCAAUUCUUCUCUCAACCCUAUUGUUUAUGCGUUCAUGGGAGAUAGUUUUCGCAAGUCUUUCAAGAAAGCCUUCCCUUUCUUGUUCCGUCAACGUGUCCAAGACAAUGGUGGGCACUCAGGCUCCCACAAUGCAGAAAUGAAGUUUGUCACUGAAGAGACCUAACACUUUGUGUGAUGAAGAAUUCUUUUUGCUAUAAACUUCCCAAGGAUGCUGAGGGUCAUGUCAUAACUCAAAAUGGCUGUAAAGCCACCAAGGGAUUUGCAGAGAGUAAAUGGUGGUUAUCUCUAUACAGAGUAAAGUGAUCAGAAUAUGAAGGACUCAAUUGCAGAUGCAUUCAGUGCUUGCGCCUUUGGAAUCCAUUACUAGUGACUUUGUAUUCUGAUUUUAACUUAAAAUCCCCAGGAGCCUGAACUGAAGUGCUGAGUCUCAAGAAUGGGAUCAGCCUAUCCUUUUGCGCUGUGGACUGGGUUAACAGUCUGCUGCCCUUCUCAGUGUAUCAGUUUUGUGUGUGGCAGUCCAUCUUGGAUUUACUAUUCUUUAGACUUGAAAAUGUAAGAAUAAAGUUUUCCGCUGUAAUUUCCCCAUGAUGCAUACAUACCUUAGAGUUUCUUUAAAAAAUAAUAAUUAAAAAUUGUUACCAGGUCAGGAUAAUUCAAGACAAAAACUGUGUUUUCUGGCUAUUUUCAUAUUGUUCAUUCUGAUCAUGGAGCAUUUAAAAUACACAUUGUUUCAUCUGUUACUGCCAUCAAGGCCCAAGCAAGUGGAGAGAGAUUAACAUUUUACUGGGACUGAGAGACCUGGGACUGGGGGCAAUUUAGUUUGUAACUUUAAGGGGAGAAAUGAAGCUAAAUUGUACAAACUCAUUUCCCUGUAUCAGAGUUGGGAAUUGUGGUCCACUAGAUGUUGCUGCUCCCAGCAUCCCUCACCAUUAGCAAUGCUGAGUAGUACUAUUGGGCAUUCCAGUUCAGCAACGUUUGGAAAGCUGCUUGAUUUCUGGAUCUAUGUAACUAUAUUCCAGAUUGGCUCCAAUAAGUCUUAUUGUCAGAAUCUGUUUUAGAGGAGAACAAGAAAUAUUUUGUGAGUGAGAUGCUAACUCAGGGCCUAUUCUAACAAAGAUUAUAUGUGCAAAUUUUGUGUAUUAGUUAAACUAAUACUUGCACUUUGAGAGGAAUUAGAUAUCUGCACUUCCUUGUAUUACAUGCUGUCUUAAGAACCAUGAGUCUCAGACUUUCCUGUGCAUGGACAGGAUGCAUAAGGGGAAAGAUGGUGGGAUUAAAAUGGCACCAUGUAGGCGCAUUAAUCCCAUAAACAAUAUAAGUUGCUGCUUCCAGAAGAAUGUACAGAUCAAAUAUGCAUAAAUGUCUGCUUCAUGAGUAUCAUGUACCUACUCUAUAUAUUCAUGUAUAAAUCUAGAAAUUUUAGUCAAAAAAUUGACUCAAAAAUCCUGAGUUCACUUAUCUACAGGUCCACGUAAGUACUGUAAGUACUCUCAUUUAAAAAAGGAACCAUCCCCUGUUGAAAGGCAAGUGUGCAAAUGUUCUGGAAGCAGUGAUACCCACCCUGCUAUUCUCUCAUCUAUCCAGCCUUUAGUGUGAGCACAAACAGUUAUGCUUGCUGGAAUUUUGUAAGUUCUUUGGCAUGGUUUUCUUUUGUUUCAUCCUUUAGAUCCUUUGUUACAUGCUCCUAGGUUUUACUCUUGACUAAUUUACAGGUCAUAUUGAAAUCCAUCAUUUUGGCCCCAAAACCUCACCUCAAAUUAUACAUGAAGUUGAUUUAUAGUUGAAUAUAUACAGUAAUUCUGAAAAAAACAUUUUUUUAAAUGGUACUUCUGAACAAAAAUCUUCAAGUCUACUUUUGCAAAAGAGUAUCAUAUACCUAUAUUUAUCUCAUUAAAAUAAUUUUUAAAAAUAAACAACUGCAACUAGUUUUAGUUAAGUGGGCAUAACCCUAUGGCUUUUUCCACAGUGACAAGGCAUAGCUAGUCCAGCAUUCUGCUGACACAGGGAAAAUCCAAAUUGGGUGAAAGUUAUGCUGUGUUGGAAAGCAUACUGGUUUCCCAUUUUCUGCUCACAUGAUUCAUACAGUCAUUUUAGCCUUGAAAACAUGAAAGUGGGAAUGCUGGUGGGGAUUAUGUAAUACCAUGAGAAUGAUCUCAUAUCAUCGCCAGCGACCUUGAACAAAAAAGCAACCAUUUAAAUUUGU